CGCAGGUGUAUGACGUCACCGCAGCGGGAGUGUGUGUUUAUGUGGCUCAGGGUGCUGAAGAGGCUGAAAUUCAGUAUUUAUAUAAAAUACACCGCGUUUACAGGAAUGUACUUAUGAGGUCCGUGGAAUCACCUUGACCAAGCCUGGCUGUACACCAUGGCAAGCUCGACUGUGAAGUUCACCUGGUGUGCUUGCCGCAAUUACAAAAUCCAGUCCAAGGACACCCACGACAAGUGCUUGCUUUGCUUGGGCAUUCAGCAUGCCAAGGAGGCCGUCCUGGAGUACGGCAAGUGCCCACACUGUGCCAAGAUGGACUGGAGCACCUGCAUCAAGCGUCUCACCAAGGUGCAGGAGGUGAUGCACCAGGAGACCCAGCAGAAGAAGAACGAAGCUGCUCAGGCUGGACUUCAGCCCAAGCUGGAGCCCGUGACUCCACCUGCAUUGGUUACAGAGUCCAGACCAGUGAAGGUGGCGGCUGCCACACCAACCACUUCACGGACUGAUAUGGGGGCAGCAGCUCCAUCAUCUUCAACUGUGCCAGUGAUGUUCACUAUUCUGUCUCCAUCUCCUGGACUGUCUGAGCCUAAUGCUGGCAUUGUAAAGGGAACAUACGUAUCGCGUUUAGCCUUGCAGCAUACAUCUGACUCUGCUCCAUCUGUGGAGCAUCCAAACCCUCCACCAAUGCCUUCUACGUCCCACAAAAGGCGCCACUCUUCAAGAUGUCACUCCUGCUGCACAAGACACUCAAGCAGGGGUUGCGGACGUAGGCGAAAACGUUCCCCAUCUCCAUCGUCUUCAUCAUCCUGGAGCUCCUCCUGUGAAUCAACCUUCGAAUCAUCUGUCAAGGGCAAGAGGGCAUGUCGAGAAUCCAUAAGGUCCGCCAGGCUGGAACGAAGAAACGGACAGCUCUUAGAGAUGGUGCAGCAAAAACUGGAAGCCCAGCAGAGGGCAAUGCAAGUGCACUGGAGCAUGCUGGAGAGAAGGAUUGAGGUUCUUGAGAAGAAAGGAUCCUCAGCGAUUUCUCUUCCAGAUUGUUCAAAUACUAAUAAAAAUUUGGAAAUCUCCCAACCUUUCAGCCUCUCAACCCAGGUGGAUCGAGGAGAACAAACAGGUUUAAAUGUUGAACCCAUGGUGACUGGAUCCAUUGACCCAUCAUCAGUUGUGGUUAAACAAGAAGAAGGGCAAAUGGGUAUCUUAGUCUCAGGUGUCUCAAGUAUCUCAAGUGGUUCAAAGCCAGGUUUGCCACUUGAGGGCGAAGGAGACACUGAUUCUCAGCCUCAAACUUUUGCGAACGACAUGCAGUUGCAAGAGGAUCUCGCGUCCGAAGAGUUGCAGAAUCUCGUAAAUCGUGCUGCCAAACAUCUGGGCGUUGAAUUUCCAGCAUCGCCAAACUCCUCUGACCCACCACUUCCAACCAUGGUGCCGGAAUUCGAAGAUUUGUUGCAAAUCACUUGGUCCAACCCAGCGAGCUCAAAACCCUUCAGGCCAAUUUUUUCAGAGUUGUACAAGCUCCACGACUGCCAGUCCUCAGCUUACGACCACAUGCCUCAAGUCAACAGCUUCAUGUCCGCCAUCUUUCAAGCGGUCAGUCCCUCAGAAAACAAGGAGCGCUCCAUUCCUUCAGAGCACUGGAAGUUCACAGAAGCUCUCGUGGAAAAGGCCUACCAGACUGCAGGCAUGCUGGCCAAGACUGCUAACUAUUUGCGAUACCUUUCAGACUAUCAGAAGCAUCUUCUAGCAGAGAUCUCAGAGGAACUGUGUUCUCAAAAGCUUCCAACUGUUCUAAAUGAGCUGAAACUCAUCGGACAAUUCAUGCUACAGCUCUCCUCGCACCAGGCGGAACUGUCUGGAAGGAUCAUGGCGGCGUCGGUGGCUGUCAGGCGACAGGUAUGGAUGGCCAAGACCAAUUACACGGAUUCUGUGAAGGCGACAGUUGCUGACCUACCGUUUGUUGUAGGACAUUCAGUUGGGGAGAACGCAGCUUCCAGCUCAAGUGACGGGUUGUGCAGACAGGAGACUUGAAGAUGUGCCUGUCCUACAAAGUUCUAUGUUUCUGCUGUAGUUUGAAGACUUGUUAUAAUAUGUGAUAUGGCUGCUAUUGUUGUGAUUGAUAUUUGAUGAAGUCUUGGUCUGAUUUUAAUGGGAUAUGAUCAGCCAUUGCUUUACAACCACCUGCUUAAUAUAAAACGAGUAGGUCCUGUGAAUUAUGGUAGUUGGACCAAGGCCUGAUAGUGGGUCCAGAUGGAUGGGGCAUUCCAGUUAUGAAGUUCUAAAGUGUGGGUAUUUAAUGCUUUGUGAUCCACAGGGUCAUGUGUGUACAGGGAAAAUGUCUUAAAAGGCCACUAUCAUUGCUACCCAGCAUAGACAGCACAGAGCAAUGGGUGAUGAUGAUUGUGACCAGUGGCUUCUGGCUAGAAUUGUCCAUGUGAACAGACAAGUAACUCUGGAAGAAACAACCAAAUCCACAUUCAAUGCAGGAGGACAGUGCAUUGAUUUUCAUGGCAAGAUUCCUGGUACACAGUAGUAGUUCCUAUCCCAUGACUUUUGGCAUGCUUAGCUAUUUUCCACCCCUUGACAGUAAAUCAGGGUUUUUACAUAUACCUGCCAGUGGUGUUAAUGUUAUGGCUCUGAUCAGUGUACCUUCAAAACAAACCUCUUUUCCUUGGUGUAGAAAUUAAUGGUCACUACUGUUGACUGACUGAAGAUGUUAAUACAGGUUAUUUAUAUAUCAUCAGGACAAAAACUUGUAUCUCCAUGUCUAUUGAUGUUGAUUUAUUGAUGUGUUUUUACCCAUAACUUAUAAACAUUGGUUGGUCUGUAAAUUGUGGAAAUACAGUGUUUCAUGGGGGGAUGGAAAUAAAUUGUUCUGAUUACUUAAUGAGAUGUAUGCCACCAGCACCUACAGUUCUCCACAAAACACUAAUAUUUAAUUGACUAAACCAUAUUGGCAGAAAAAAUUGGGACACCUGCUCAUUCAUUGUUUCUAUGUUAACUUUUGUUGGUGUAACUGUCUCUACUGUCCAGAGAAAACUCUUUAUACCCCUCAAGCCCACACCUGGCAUUAGGCAUAGGGCCAAAAUAGGUUAAUGUUUUGCUGCUUUUAGAGAGUCCUAUUCUAUAGGCAGUACUUCUCCACAGGGCCUAGACAAACUGUGUGUCUGUGUGCAUUUACAUUUAUUUGCACAUCAGUGUCAGAAAUGUAAGGUUGUAACUUAAAGUAGCUGAAUGCAUUUAUUAGAAGGGUGUCUACAAACAUUUGGACAUCUAUUGUAGGUCCAUUGACCUGUUAUUUUUUUUUUUAGUUCUUUCUCAGGUAAAGUUACUGCUUUGGAGAUGCAAGGUUUUGCUUCUUCAGUGGCAUAAUAUUUACUGUAAAAGCUGGAGUGACCAAGUACAGCUAUUAAGGGCCAGUUUUACAUCUCCUAAUUAUCUUCAACACUAUACUUUUUAAAUUUAGUUCAAUAUGCAUUGUAGUUUUUCCAUAUUUAAGCCUAGUCCACUAAAGGCAGCCAUAUUUACAGUAUAUGGUGUCAGAACCAGAGUUCUUAAGUUCUUGUCCAAAAUCAUCACACUGCACUGCAUUGCUCUAAAUUUGACGUGUGAAAUAUUAAGACUUUUUUUCUUGUUUGAUAUUUUUACUAUGCUUGCAAACACGUACUCUGUAUUGCAUCAGAUGUUUGUAACGUAGAUAUUGGACACAGAUUAGAAAAAAGUCAAACUACUUUCUAUAGCUUCCCUGAGACCAACAGCUUGCAUACUUGUAUGUAUGUGAAUAAAAUAACUAAAUAAACAGUA